GCUCAUUCACAUCCCGUCUCUCCCCCUACUACCAUACGUACUCCAUGACUUUCUUAACGUCUUUCUUCGAAAAAGACUAUCUAUGGGAUAGUAAAUACACUACCCCUUCGCUCCAAUUCUAUUACUUCUAUAUAUGGCUUGCUAUCUUCGUAAUCUCUUGUUUCGAUGAAAUCCAAAUUUCCUAUCUGGGCCACAAAACUCCUCAAGCUACUAUUCACGCGUUGAUAGAGGAUUUUGGUUCCACUAGUUCGUUGUGCUACACUGCUUGUUUCAUUGUUCUCGUUUGUGGUGUACCAGUAGCAAUGAAUUUAAUUGUGAAAUUUAUCACAAGGAAGCAGUACACAAUCAAGAGUUUUUGUGUGAAACGGUAUUUGACGGCAGUCGGGUUUGUCUUCCUGAACAUCUUGCUCCCAGGAAAAAUCAUCGCAGUUUUGUAUUUCAGCUGGGCGAAAGAAAUGAUCCAACUUUUAAUCCAAUCAACCAUAUGCUUUUUGCUCUACAAAACACUACGUCUACUCCUCGAAACGGAAUUUCCAAUUCACUACAGAUUGUCCAAAACUACGAAGAUCACCAUGCCUCAGAAACUAUUCAUAACCUUCUUCCUCGCCGUCUCCGGUGCUUCUUUCAUUGGCAUCAGCUUUAUUAACCUGGAUCAAUUCACGGAUGAGUAUGUUGGACUUGCAUUUUACUAUACAACUCGAUAUUUCUGUCCUGCUAUCAAUAUCAUCGCGAUCCCAAUGAUCUACGUAGCCUUCUUGGCCUAUAACUCCGAAGAAUUUGCAUUCAGUGGGAAGGAACCGACUAGUGGAAGAUUUUGGUAUGGAGUGUGCAGGUGGAAUGAAAAAUUGGGAGAAUGGGAGCAUGUGGAGACGAUUCCUGAGAAACCCGAGUCGCUGGUUUUGGAUGUAUAAAUUUUCUGUUUCUUUCUGAUUUUCUGAUUUUUAAUUACUGUGAAGCUUCAAUAAAUGUAUUUUUGAAA